CGCGUGGGACAGCACUGCACCUCCCAGAGAGGUGCGCCUGCGCAUUGUGCUGGUCUCCAUGGCGGGGCCUCGGAGCCAAGACGAGAGAAAAUGCUGCUGUGAAGACACAGUUAUAACUUUCACAUAAAUGAAGCUACAACUGUUAUUUAGUGACCCCCAAAAGGAAGAACUUUGGUGAACAUGAAAGAACAUUCUGGGGGUGGCAGAAUGCUUGAGGACUGGAAUUUAAACUUGAGCCACUGCCUGAAGGUAUGGUGAGGCCAACAGAACAGGAGUCGAUUGCCUUUGAAAAGAUAGUUUAUUACUCACAGCUUCCAAGAGGAGAGGGACAUGCCAUACCACAUAGGGCCACACAAAACAACACAAAGCUACUAAACAGUAGGAGAAAAUGGAAUUGAGUAUGAUGCCAGCAUGGAACAGUCUAAUGAUUCAUUAAGAGUCAACUGUAAUGAUGGUGAAGAGUCAAAAACAGAGGCUCAGGAAUUUGAGCAUCUAAUCUGUAUGGACUCUAGGGAUUCUUCUUUUGGACAAAAUGAUUCUCCUACAGUUUUGCCCAUUUCUGAUCCUCAAGCAAAUAAUUCACUCAUUUCACAGAAUAUACAAGGGCCCCUAACUCAGACACAGACGCUUUCUGCAGAGGAGUUCCAUCUAGUAGAUCAAAAUGGACAAUCUGUUCCAUAUGAACUUCAUUCACUGGGGGAUUCUAAUGCACAAAUGAUGAUCGUUGCUAGCCCAUCAGAAAAUGGACAGGUGCUCCGUGUAAUUCCAUCUACCCAAUCAGGAAUGGCACAAGUGAUUAUACCACAGGGGCAGCUUGCAGAUAUAAAUAGUCCUCAGGAUGUCUCUGAAGAGAAACCCAGUGAUAGAAACUUACCAGCUGUAAGAGUGGAUGCUCCAGCAGACAACACCAGUAGUUACAUUCUUCAUCCACAAGCAUCUCUCUGUUUGCCCAAAAAAUCAGCAACCAGAAUGCUUGAAGAACCUUUGCUGGCUCCUCUUCAACCACUUUCUUCUAACACACCUAUAUGGGCCUGCCGACUUAGGAGCUGUGAGAAAAUUGGAGAUUCAUACCGUGGCUACUGUGUAAGUGAAACUGAAUUAGAAAGUAUCCUAACAUUUCACAAGCAGCAAACACAGAGUGUUUGGGGGACCCGCCAGUCUCCAAGCCCAGCCAAGCCUGCUACACGCUUGAUGUGGAAAUCCCAAUAUGUUCCAUAUGAUGGAAUUCCAUUUGUCAACGCAGGGAGUAGAGCUGUGGUAAUGGAGUGUCAGUACGGGCCAAGAAGGAAAGGUUUCCAGUUAAAAAAAAUCAGUGAGCAGGAAAGCAGGUCAUGUCAGCUCUACAAAGCUACUUGUCCAGCCAGGAUUUACAUUAAAAAGGUACAGAAGUUUCCUGAAUAUAGAGUACCUACAGACCCCAAAAUUGACAAGAAAAUAAUCAGAAUGGAACAGGAGAAAGCUUUUAAUAUGCUAAAGAAGAACUUGGUAGAUGCUGGUGGUGUUCUUAGGUGGUAUGUACAGUUACCUACACAGCAAGCUCAUCAGUAUCACGAAUUAGAGACUUCCUGCCUCCCUUUGUCACCUUCCCCUUUUCCUGUGUCUUCUCUUGAAGAAGAGGAAACUACAGUUAGAGAUGAGAAUUGUGCAUUGCCAUCACGUCUGCAUCCUCAAGUAGCCCAUAAAAUUCAAGAAUUAGUAUCACAGGGAAUAGAACAAGUAUAUGCAGUAAGGAAACAGCUAAGGAAAUUUGUGGAAAGAGAACUGUUCAAACCUGAUGAGGUACCUGAAAGACAUAAUUUAUCUUUUUUUCCAACUGUAAAUGAUAUAAAAAAUCACAUCCAUGAGGUACAGAAAUCCUUGAGAAAUGGAGAUAUGGUAUAUAACUCAGAGAUUAUUCCAGCAACGCUUCAGUGGACUACAGAUAGUGGGAAUAUUCUCAGAGAGACUGUGACAGUUACAUUUGCAGAAGGAAAUUCACCAGGAGAAUCAGUUACCACCAAAGUGGAAGCAAAUCAGGCUGAGUCUUCUUUGUCUCCAGAACCAACCCACUUACUCUCCUCACUUUCCUCAUUUCAGCCCAAAAUAUUUACACAAUUACAGGGUUUGCAGUUACAACCACGAUUUACCUCUCCUGAUGGAUCACCAGCUUUGGUAUCAGUAAAUAACCACCCCUCUUCCAGUCCAUCAAGACUUCUGGAUUCGGUAGAAAAUGAUGUAAUGAAUAGUAAUUCUCUACUUCUUGGUCAAAGUCAUAGCCUUCAAACAGAUACAUGCCUAACCCAAAAUAAUAGUACUGCCUCUACCAUGGGUAAUCUCCCAGAACCAGAUCAAAAUCUAGUUGCAGUGGAUCAGCUGGUGGAAGUUGAAGAUAUUGAGGAGACGGAGAAUCUGGAAGGAAGUAUCCAAAGGAUUCUCUUGCGAGAUGUGCAGACCAUUCCAAUACGGAUUAUAGAUAACCACCCAGCUCUUAUUGAAGAAAACCCAGAAGGUACUAUUUCUAUGAACCAAGUUAAACAAGAACCCAAAGAACCAACAUUGUCCUUGGAAGCAAAAAAAAUUGGACUGUAAGAAAUUAUCUGCUACAUAAAUUAUUGAAGCUUUUCAGAAUUUACAACUCUGGUGACUUCUGAUGUUUUAGAAAAGAAGGUGAAUAUUAUUAAAGCACAGCAUUGUGAUAACUGGACUGAAGACUGAUGAGCAGCUUUGAUUUAAAACUGGUAUUUUUGUUGCCAAGUUCAUAUUUUAACCUGUAUUAAGAAAUAUUUUGCCCUUCUUAUUUUGUGUAAUUGUUAUGCUUUUUGGUUAUCUAAUAAGUCGGUAUUUCAAAAGAUUGUUUGAAUUUACCCAUAGUAAUUUAGUCCAAACAUGAACACUUAUCUAACAUUUCUGGAAAUAUCCAGUUUGGUUCAUGUAACACAAAAAAGAAUAACAAAAAUAAUAGAUGAGUGUAUGUUUAUGUUACGAAUUUUAAAGUUGUAAAGAAAUUUAAUUAACAGACAGGUGAGAGAAUAUUUGUAGUCUGUAUUAUUUGGAAAGAUAAAGCAAUAGAUUUUAUAUAAUAACACAAAACCCAGCAAUCAAGUCUGUGAAAACCAUACAGUUACAUUUUAGCCUCUUCCCUUUUAAUUUUGUAUUUUUAACUACAAACCAAUAGCAUAUUAAUGGUCAUCUAAUAGAAAUUUAAAUGACUUGGUAAGUACUGAGAAUUUUAACUAGAAUUAAUCAGAUAAACAACAGAAAUCAGUAUAUGUUGCAUAAACUUAUACUAUGCUGCAGGUAAAACAGUAUUAAUGGGUAGAAAGAUGAAGAAAUUGAGAGAAUUUGGAAAUAAUAAUAGAACUUCUUGGGGUUUAAAAAUAAUUUGAGAAACUUUUUGUUGUUAGUAGAGGUUUUGUUUUUGUUUUUGUUUUUUUUCCCCUUUAGUUUGAAGAUUCAGUUUAGAUUAGAAAAGAAUUUAAGUAAUAUUUAGAUUGUUCUAAUGCUGGAGUUCUUACUGAAUCAAUAGUAUUAGAAUUCAAAGUAUUUCAGGACAAGUAUUUAUAGUUUAAAAUUUAGUUCAUAUUUAAAACUUUAAAAUAUCUGAUCUGGUGUAUUUGUUAAGUAUAUUUACUUCAAAUACCAAAUAAGUACUAAUCAGUAUAUUCAUUAUAAGCAACUGUUUUCUGAAAGAUUGGCAAAAUAGAAACAUCACCCAUAGCUGUCAAGAAAUAAUCUCUAGUCAGGCAUGUUGGCACAUGCCUGUAAUCCCAGCAACUUGGGCGGCUGAGGCAGGAGGAUUGCAAGUUUGAAGCUACCUAGCCUCAGCAAGUUAGCAAGGCCCUAAGCAACUGAGAACCGGUCUCAAAAUUACAAAUUUUAAAAAGGACUAGCGAUUUGGCUCAAUAGUUAAGUGCCCCUGUGUUCAAUUCCUGAUACCAAAAAAAAAAAAAAAAAGAUAUCAACCUCCAAAGGCUUGUUUUUCCAAAGACCAUAUGUAGGCAUAAUUUUAUUUUUUAAAAACAUAAGAAUUUCAAGUAGAUAUUAAUGUUUCAUAUUCAAAGCAUGCAGAGUAUAAUAUGAAAGUUAACCUUAAUACUUUACGUGAUUAUAAGUCACUUUUGGCUUUUCUAAGUCCAGUCUCUCAUUCUUGAUUUACUUCGUUUGAGGUACAUGACAUGUAUCUAAAUGUAAAGCACUGAUAUUUUAGAAAUAAGUGGAAUUCUAAAAUUGCUUACUUUUUAGAUUUAUAUCCUAUUCAAUAUAAAUUUUAUUAUUUAUAUCCUAUUUAAUGCAAAGUAAUAUUUAGUUAUAUGUACAAUUUUAGUAAGAAUUGCUUUUCUUUUUCUUAAGAAAUGAAAAUAUUUGUCAGCAUUUGUAGAAGUAGGCUGCUAAAUUUGAUUCUAUUAUGCAGAGUUAAACAAUUCUUAGUUACCUCAAACCCACAUUUCUGUUAGUGUAUGUGUAUUUAAAAGGAAUAAGUUUGAAUUUAUUUACAGUUUAGAGUUGCACAGUAGGUAAUACUGUUUUUGUUUGUUAUUUCUACUUUUUAUGGAAACUUUUUCAAGAUUUUGAAUAAUAUAUCUUUAUCUUUCAAUAAUGAUAAAUGUGUAUUAUUUAAUAUUUCACCCUUUAAACUAUAUUGUAUUCUUUUGGAGACAUUCCUUUCUUUUUUGAUGUUGAGUUGCUAAGGAGAAAUGCGUGUUAAGACACAAACUCUGAUCAGUUACCUGUGAGGAUGAGAGAGAUGUCAGAGGAUUCCAACUUUGGUCCUUGAUCAAGAACAAAACAUAGUUAAAAUAUAUUUCUCUUACUUCAUUCUGUGUGAUUAUCUCUUCUGAUAAUGUUUUUUAUGAGAACAGAAAGUUACAGUGCAUCCUUCUGACAAACAAAAAACAAAACAACCUAUAAAAACUAAGAGAGUGAAGAAAUGUUUAAAUUCCUUAUUGUAUACUCUUUUGGGUUUUAGGUAGAAACUGGAACUAUGAGUAUUUUCAUGUAAGUACUUUAAUGAGUAGCUCUUUAAAAAUCAUUUCUGGGAGAUUUUAAAAAUUCAUUUAUCCUCUAAAUGCAUGAUUAGCCACAACAUGUCAGUAUUUUGUUCAAAGGUGCUUAGCAUCACGUUUUGAAAACAGUUUACAUAUUUUAAAUGUCUAAUUAUUUUUUAAUUCACAGGGUAUUAAGUACAAAUAUGUAAAAUUUUUCAUUAUUUGUAUUUGGCAUUCUCCUAACAGCUCUACAGCAAAGUUUGAUAUAUGUUCUUUCCUGUCAUAUUUUUCAAGGUGUAAUAUCUGUGUAAGGAGUCAGACAUUCAAAUUAAGCAGUUAGAAUUUCAGUUACAGCUCACUUGUUUCUUCAUUGUAGUUUUCAUGUUCCAAGCCUCCAACUGAACUUUAUAUAUACUCCAAUGAAUUAUAGAUAAAUACAACCAUGAUAGAUGUUUCCCUCAAUAGCAAUUUUCUGUGUAAGCAAUUAGUAUAAUUAAAAGGAACAGUUUAAACAUCUUAUGCAAGUCAAUAUUUUCCUACAAGUCACAAAACUGAUGGAAGACAGGUUUUGGGGAUCCAGUUCUGAAUUAUUAGAGUUUCUAAUUUUGAGGCCCACCAGCUUGUGUUUCAUCUUCUUUAUAUCCUGUCAAAAAUAUAUACUUAAUCAUGUGGGUAUGAAAAAAAUGUUGUUUACUUUAUGCCUGGUUUUAAAAGAGGUUAAAAUGUGUGUGUAUAUAUUGUAACGAUGUAUAAUGUCCUUGUUAUAAUGUAAUUUUUUCAUUAAAAAAGUCCCUUGAUGUUUUUCUUACA